GCAGCGGGACUGCGGUGAUAAACAAACACACGCAGCGGAGACGUUAGUGUCUCCUCUGUCUCUGCUGAGCCGCUUUGACAGCACCGGCUGACUUUCAGGAGAGCCGACCUUCUUCACGAACCGAGUUUUUACCGAGAAAAAACCCAGGACUUUAUCCGAAAACCCGGGAUUUGUCCCCGCUGUGUCUGUCCCCGGGAGUCGGCUUAUGUGACACAUUAACGUCCCGCAGAGACACGAGCGAAACAUGACGGAGCUGAGGAAGAGAGGCGGAGGCGGAGGAGACCCCGACAGCACCGACAAUAUCAGCGACAAGGAGGCGGAUGGCGAUGACAGGCUGGGCCUGCAAGGCGACGCAGAGGGAGAAUGUGACGGUGACUCCAAAGCAGACACUCCAGAUGUCCCCCCCUCCACAGCAGACACAGACAACACUCCUCAGUGUUUGAACAAGGCUCUGGAGGGCCUGCCGCCCAGAUGGAAGAACUACUGGAUACGAGGAGUUCUGUCUUUAGCCAUGAUUUCAGGCUUUUUCCUCAUCAUCUAUAUGGGACCUGUCACGCUUAUAUUAGUGGUCAUGACUGUCCAAAUCAAGUGUUUCCAAGAAAUCAUCACCAUCGGCUACAGAGUUUACAAAUCCUAUGAGCUGCCUUGGUUCAGGACACUAAGCUGGUACUUCCUGAUUUGCGUCAACUACUUCUUCUAUGGUGAAACUGUUGCGGAUUACUUUGGGGCGCUGGUGCAGAGGGAGGAACCUCUGCAGUUCCUGGCUCGCUAUCACCGCUUCAUCUCCUUCGCUUUGUACCUCGCAGGUUUCUGCAUGUUUGUGCUGAGUUUAGUGAAGAAACAUUACCGCCUGCAGUUUUAUAUGUUUGCUUGGACCCAUGUGACCCUGUUGAUUGUGGUAACUCAGUCCCACCUUGUCAUUCAGAACCUGUUUGAAGGGAUGAUCUGGUUCAUUGUCCCGAUCUCCAUUGUGAUCUGCAAUGACAUCAUGGCCUAUCUGUUUGGUUUCUUCUUUGGGAGGACUCCGCUGAUCAAGCUCUCGCCCAAAAAGACCUGGGAGGGCUUCAUCGGAGGUUUCUUCUCCACUGUGGUCUUUGGCUUCAUCCUGGCCUACCUCCUGUCUCAGUUCCAGUACUUUGUGUGUCCCGUGGGCUUCAACAGUGAGACCAACGGGUUUACGGUUGAGUGUGAGCCCUCUGAUAUCUUUGUGAUGCAGGAGUACACUCUUCCCGCUGUGGUGCAAAACACACUGAGAUGGAAAACGGUGAACCUGUACCCCUUCCAGAUCCACAGCAUCUUCCUCUCGUCCUUCGCGUCUCUCAUCGGGCCUUUCGGCGGCUUCUUUGCCAGCGGCUUCAAGCGAGCCUUCAAAAUCAAAGACUUUGCUAACACCAUCCCGGGCCACGGCGGCAUCAUGGAUCGAUUCGACUGUCAGUACCUGAUGGCCACCUUCACACACGUCUACAUAGCCAGCUUCAUCAGGGGACCGAACCCGAGCAAAGUGCUGCAGCAGCUGUUGAUGCUUCAGCCUGAACAGCAGCUCAGCAUUUUCCACACUCUGCACUCCCAGCUGAGAGAGAGGGGCAUGCUCCCCCCCGCCGCCGCACAGGCCGAGUGAACGACCGGCCGGCUUCACGGGGAUGACGGCUGGAGGAGUGUGUGUGAUGGUUUGGAGAGUUUGUGUAAGCAUGUACACACACACACACACACACAUACACACACACACUCUUAGAUAUGGCCGUAUGGUGUGUGAGCCUCAAGGCGUCCAUCGUCAUCCUGCCGACUCUUCAUCCGACUUCCAACCAGCUCAAAAUGACGACUUUGAAAAUGAGGCGACUCUCCAGACUACGUGGAAUAACCUCGUAGGAAAAAAAACAAAACAACACAAUACCAACAUCAACAAAAAAUAGUUGCUUUUCACCUGGACUGGCACAUAA